AUGAUGCAAUGGACGUCUUUCGUCCAGAAGGCUCAGUCUUUGAUUGACCCGGCUAACUUCAACAUACCAACCCUCAAUUCCUCCGAUCGCAACCCCUCCAAAGCUUCCUUGUUUCGCCAGCAAUUCCGUCUUCCCGAUUCCCAAAAUCCAUUACAAGAGAUAACAGCCGAGUUAAUCCUUCCAAUCCCUCAUACUUCUUCUGCGACCUCGGGUGAUCGGCUGGACCGUUCCGGCAAUCGCUACGCGGGAAGGCUGCAUCUGAGUGAACGAUUCAUUUGCUUUUCUACCCAGCCUACCAGCUUCGUACCUUCGGCGAGCCUGAGUGCUUCAACCCAUUGGACCGGUCAGACUCACGGCACUGGACCUUCGGGCAAUGGAUUUACCAUCCCGCUUUGUUGCAUCCGCCGAGUCGAGCGGUUGAAUAGUUUGAGUCAUGUGUUCUCACUCGCAUUGACAACAUGGAACGGCGCAUUGGGGAAGCAGCAGGAACCCAACUUCGUUCCGCAGCGAUUUACCAUCCAGUUAGUUGGAAGCAGGCAGGCCUGUGAACGAUUCUGCGAUGGCCUGAAGAAAGGAUUGCGGGAAGGCAUGAAGGAAAUAGAGAACCUACGCAUAGUCGUAGCGGACUGUUAUUCGGAGUACUUGCUCUCUGGGGCAAAAUCAAAAACUGAAGAAGGCGGCUCGGGUGAGCGUCAACCACCAGAUGCUGGACUGGGCAUGAUCUUCCGCUACCCCGGAGAUGCUCGCAAGCUUCGCGAUAGAAGUAAAAUGCGAUUAUGGGGUGAAUACUUUAGAGAAAAUGGUCGCAAUGCGACUCUGGUUAGACAACCCACGUUUCACAAGCUGAUCAGGGUUGGUCUUCCGAAUCGCUUGCGUGGAGAGAUUUGGGAGCUGAGCUCCGGCUCUCUAUACCUUAGGCUGAGGUCACCGAAACUAUACACUCAAACUCUGUCCAAAUUCUCAGGACAAGAGUCUCUCGCCAUUGAUGAAAUCGAAAAGGAUCUCAAUCGCAGUUUACCAGAGUAUCCUGGAUUCCAAAGUGAGGAAGGCAUCGGGCGCUUACGGAGGGUCCUUACAGCCUAUAGUUGGACCAAUGCAGAGAUUGGCUACUGCCAGGCCAUGAAUAUCGUCGUUGCAGCUUUGUUAAUAUACAUGUCCGAAGACCAGGCAUUCUUCUUACUGUCCGUUCUGUGCGACCGUCUUCUGCCUGGUUAUUAUUCGACAACUAUGUACGGAACCUUGCUCGACCAGAAGGUGUUUGAAUCCCUCGUGGAGAAAACAAUGCCUAUUCUGUGGGAACAUCUCGGAAAGUCUGAUGUGCAGCUUUCUGUUGUCUCGCUGCCCUGGUUCCUUUCACUUUACAUCAACUCUAUGCCGCUGGUGUUUGCUUUCCGAGUCUUGGAUGUAUUCUUCCUUGAGGGGCCAAAGGUCCUGUUCCAGGUCGGCUUGGCGAUUCUCAGAGUCAACGGAGAAGAGUUGCUGGACGUGCAGGAUGACGGGUCGUUCAUUUCAGUGUUGAAGUCUUAUUUCUCUCGCCUGGAUGAAUCCGCCCACCCGCGCUCUGAGAAUCCGAAAUUGAGAGCCAUCACACGUUUCCAGGAACUGAUGGUUGUGGCAUUCAAGGAGUUUUCGGGUAUCACGCACAAUACCAUUGUUGAGCAGCGUGACAAACAUAAAGACGCAGUGUUGGAAAACAUUGAAAGUUUCGCCAAGCGCACCUCCAUUCGAAACUUGGGACCAGACAGCAAACGCCUUAGCAUGGAUGAUCUGGGAAUUAUUUACGACCGGUUCUACGAAAUUCUCUAUGAUCACCAGCAAAAGCAGAGGGUCGUCGAGGAGGAGAAGAGACGCCAGGAAAAGAAGAAGGCCGAACGAGUGUCGAUUCUCGGACCUCCCGCCGAUGCAGAAGUCGGCCGCGUCGGUCUUGGUCCAAGCCCUAGCCAUAUGGACUAUGACGCGUUCAGGAAUUUCCUGGCGAGUACCUCAAAAUGGGCGAAAGGCGACUCGCCUGGACCUUCACGAAAAGAGUCCGCAGCCGACCAAACCUUGUAUGGUUUCAGAGGUUUUGGCAAGGCGCCAACUAGCCGGGCCGAACCUGCGGAUCAUGAGUUUAUGCAACGGCUGUACCGCAAAUGGGCUAAGGAUCCGUCUGAGGGGCUAAGCCUGCAAGACGUAGUAAAUGGACUCGCACGCCUCAAGGGCCCGCGCGAUAUCAUGAACAACAUCAACUAUUUCUUCGAUCUGUAUGAUGACAGUGGGAAUGGCAGGGUUGAUCGAGAGGGAAUACUUAGGAUAUCCGAGGCUUUGCUCUUCCUGUCAAGACGGGGAUUUGACGGCACUAUCACACCCAGCCAGUCAUUGGACGAGCCGAAUGGCGGGAAUGAACGCCAAAUGGAACAAGAUAAGUUGAGCACGGAUGAAAGGUUCUUGGGGAGUGUCAGUUCAUUUAUCCGCCGCUGCUUUGAGUAUGCGGACCCCAGCGUGCCAGAAGGUCCAGGGUCAGAGGAUAAGGGCACGGAAGACAAGAGUGAAAACAAGGAUGCGGAGGAUACAGCGGACAAACUUGGGGCAUUCAGUAUUGGAGAUGAUGAAGAUGAUCUGAUCGACAUUGAUGAAGAAAAGCCAGAAAGUUCCACUGAACCCAAGGAAGAUGGCCAAGCUGGCGAGCAGCAGCACCAGCACCAGCAGGACCGACAUGCAACCGAAUCCGCCAACCCUGCCCUGGAUCCCAACAACCCCCUGCACAUUACACUUCCGACUUUCCGCAUGGUGAUUCUGGCCGAUGAACUUCUGGAACAGUUUUUCGAUUCUUUCUUCCCUCAAUCAUUCCGACUCGGAGAGCACCCACACCCAGCAUCACUGGCAUCCACUUCGCUAUCAUCUAACCUCACUACCUUUUCCAAUGCGGGCCAGGCCAAACCCCAGUUCAAUGCCGGCUCUAACGUGUCUGUCGCCGGAGCCUCUGGAGGAAUUGUUCCUCCGGGCAAGGGUCUGCGUGGGGUUCUGGAUAACAUUGUGUCUGAUGGUAUCCGCAUGGCGGCGGAAGUCAAGAAGAAGAUGGACGAGGCGCAACGUGAACUUGUUCGUGAGGAGGAUGACGAGGAAGAAGAAGAGGACUAUGAUCCCCACCGUACUGCUGGCCAACCGGCACCGUCCAUCGUUGGCGGUAUCUCCAGCUGGGGCGCAGGGGCGUAUGGCGCAGACCCCGAACAAAGGAGCGUCCGCGAAGCCGAUCGAGACUUGCUUGAGGGAGCCGAAGUUGUCAGUGUGCGCGGUAAGGAUGAAGCAUCACUUCUGGAUAAGGACGAUGAAAAGACAACAGCGGCUGAAGGCAGUGGGGAGAAGCAAGAAGGAGCGUCUGAUCAACAAGGAGUUCUCAGUAAGACAGUUGAGUUUGAAUCAUGA